AAGAUCAACCCAGCUGACCUCGAUCUCACCGAAAUCAACGUGUCCGGCUAGGCAGAUCGGCGUUUAGAGUUCAGAUCCCACCCUCCGCACCUGCCAUGACCCCGUCGCACACUGCUAGAUCCCACCUAGAAUCCAGCUCGGUCACGCACACUGCUAUAAAAUUCUAUUCACUUGUUCCCCGUCGCAUAUUAAUAGUCGUCCAUUCCUCAAAGCCUGCCUCUUCUUUCUCAUUCCGUUUCCUCGCUGCGCUCCUCGUUCUUCUCUCCUCCAUGCUUACACCGCGACUUCCAAGGCGAGUCGAACGCAGGGGUUCCAGUGUAAGUGAAAAUGGCUGAUCAGCGUCAGUGCCCAACUGUUGCUCAGAAACUAGCUAAUCAGCUGCAUUUGAGUAGCAGUCUGUCCCAAGAUAUUCAAGGCCGCUAUGGAGGCUUCCGGAGACCUGCUUUUCACCAGAGGUGCUUUGCAUAUGGCAAUUACUCGAAUGCAGGAUUGCAUACUGUGGUGCAGUCUUGCCGUGCUACCCAGGAACUGUCAUUGGUUGCUGCAAAUGCAUCACCAGUAUUUGUCCAGGCUCCUGCAGAGAAAGGCAUUGGAAGCUUUGCCAUUGACUUUCUCAUGGGUGGGGUUUCAGCUGCUGUGUCAAAAACUGCUGCUGCUCCUAUUGAGCGUGUUAAGCUUUUGAUCCAGAACCAAGAUGAAAUGAUUAAGGCUGGUCGUCUGUCUGAGCCAUACAAGGGAAUUGGAAACUGCUUCAAUCGAACCAUUCAAGAUGAAGGAUUUAUAUCAUUGUGGAGAGGAAACACUGCUAAUGUCAUCCGUUACUUCCCUACACAGGCCUUGAACUUUGCAUUCAAGGACUACUUCAAGAGGCUUUUCAAUUUCAAGAAGGACAAGGAUGGUUACUGGAAAUGGUUUGCCGGUAACCUUUUAUCAGGUGGUGCUGCUGGUGCUUCUUCCCUUCUUUUUGUCUAUUCUUUGGACUAUGCUCGUACCCGUCUUGCAAAUGAUGCCAAGGCUGCAAAGAAGGGUGGUGAAAGGCAAUUUAAUGGUUUGGUUGAUGUCUACAAGAAGACCUUGCAGACUGAUGGUAUUGCUGGUCUUUACCGUGGGUUCAACAUUUCAUGUGUGGGUAUCAUUGUGUACCGUGGCCUGUAUUUUGGAAUGUAUGAUUCUUUGAAGCCAGUGGUUUUGACAGGAAAUUUGCAGGAUAGUUUCUUUGCUAGCUUUGCUCUUGGUUGGCUCAUCACAAACGGUGCUGGCCUUGCUUCUUAUCCAAUAGACACUGUUAGAAGAAGAAUGAUGAUGACAUCUGGUGAAGCUGUCAAGUACAAGAGCUCAUUUGACGCGUUUGCACAAAUCUUGAAGAAUGAGGGUGCUAAAUCUUUGUUCAAGGGUGCUGGUGCAAACAUCCUUCGUGCCGUUGCUGGCGCUGGGGUCCUUGCUGGUUAUGACAAGCUUCAGUUAAUUGUUUUUGGAAAGAAAUAUGGUUCUGGUGGUGCCUAAGGACCAUGUUCUUGAUUCCAUAUUAGAUGGUGAUGAAAAUGUUUUUGGUCGAGUCAAGUCAGGAAAAAUUUUUGCGCAGUUCAAUAACUAGAGGCUAGGGAGAGAGAGGAAGAA